AUGCUCCACGAGCUCUCCUCGAGAGUACACCGAGCGACGAGCUCCGCUACCAAUCUUGAUCGAGUACUGGAGGAAGUCCAGCGCUCGCCAUUUACAGCACGGAUCUCCCGCGUUCGCAUUCAUUACGUGAACAAAUUCAAGUUCGCCCCGUAUAAUGGAUUGGAUGAUCCAAAACCGUUCUUAACUUCAAUGAGUGUUGCGAUUGGCCGAGCUCAUUUCAGCGAGGAGGAGUACGAAGCUGGCUGCUGCCACUAUCACGAGCUAACAACCGCUUUCCUACAACACCAUUCCACGUUCAUGAUUCGAGGUGCCUCGAAUGCCGACCUCUGGAACAUGUUUCAACAAAGCAACGAGUCACUCCGGGAAUUCAUGGAGAGAUUCAAAAGAAUAGUCUCGAAACUCUCGAUCGCCGACGACACAGCAAUCUCAGCUCUCCGUAAUGCUCUUACUCACGGUUCCCGAUUUCGGGAAGACAUCAUCAUCCACGAGCCCCUAUCCCUGGACGACGCGUUACACCGCGCCAACAGGUACAUCGAGCUGGACGAAGAAAGCGCAUCGAGAGCGAACCGACCAUUGCCAGAACCGCCAACCUCAAAGUCGGCCAAAGGAAAGGAAAAGGCACAGGACGAGCAUCAUGAGCCUCGUCAGCACUUCGACAAGGAAUACGCUGAUAAGCUGGAAAAAGCAAAGAAAGCUCAAGCGUUCGCUGUUAGCGAUCAGGACCCCCAGGCGUCAUCAUCGAAACCCUGGAAUAACAAAUGGGUCCGGGACCCAUCGGGUAAGGGUGGAAAGAAGUACUGCAACUACCAUAAACGAGCAGGGCAUACCACUGAAGAAUGCCGCACCCUCCAGCAAAUACUGCUGGAUAAAUUCAAGGGAGGCCACAUUGACGUCGAACACGAGCGACGACUAACAACGGCCCACAGAGAUAGUCAAUUUUUUAACCCUGAGGACGAAAACCCCAGUAGGCAGUACAGCACAGCUCCCGCGCCACAGCACAUCACAAGGGCCCUACCCCUGCCCCCGCCCCCAGCACCAACCCUUAAAAGGAACCCCGAGCCGGUCGACGACCCAAAUGCUCCAGCUCCGCGCCGAAGAAUUAAUAUGAUUAUGGGCGGCCUAACGACUUGCCGAGACUCGGUGCGUUCCAUCAAAGCUUAUCAGCGGGGACUAGAAGUGAAGCGGGACUGGAUGGCUCAAAGUACACCGCCGACUACAACCUAUGAGCCGAUCACAUUCACAGAAGACGAUGCGUCAGGCCUAGCUGGGCCGCACAACGACCCCCUCGUAGUCGAGAUGACAAUUGGUGAAAGCAUAGUCACCAAAAUCUUGAUUGAUACUGGCAGCUCGGUAAACGUCAUUUUCAAAGACGUACUAAUUCAGAUGGAGGUAGACCUGCGAACGGCCGAUCAUGACGUCCAACCCCUCACAGGCUUUGACGGCGACACGGUUAUGACAGUUGGUACGAUCAUGCUACCAGUCUACGUAGGCGGAACGAUGCACUGCAUCAAUUUUGCCAUCAUCGAUAAACCAAUCGUCUACAACGUCAUCCUGGGGACUCCAUGGUUGUAUAGGAUGAAAGCUGUGGCGUCGACGUACCAUCAGUGCGUAAAGUUUCCAACCUCAAGAGGAAUAUUCACGCUACGAGGAGACCCGUUGAUCGCCAGAACUUGCUUCAUCAUCGAACGACAACAGCGCAGUGCCCGCACCUUCGCAAUCUCAGACCCUGCCGAGCAGCCAGAUGGUCGCGUCCGUCCCAACACCGAGCUAAUCAUCCAGGUAAACAUCGACCCUUCCGACGCGACUCGUUGCGUGGGGAUCGGUGCCGACCUGCCGCAGACUAUCAAGGACGAGCUCGUAAAGUUUCUGUCCCAAAACGUCGAAACCUUUGCAUGGAGCAUGAGCAGUAUGACCGGAAUCGAUCCCACCAUAACAUGUCACGAACUCAAUGUGGAUCCAACGUUUAAACCGGUCAAGCAAAAGCGAAGAAAACUCGGACUAGAGCGUACGGCCGCCGUUAACGAAGAGAUCAAAAAACUACUCACGGCUGGGUCCAUCAGAGAAGUCAAGUACCCCGACUGGUUAAGUAACCCAGUAGUUGUGAAGAAAAAGAACGGCAAGUGGCGGGUGUGCGUCGAUUUUACCGAUCUUAACAAGUCAUGCCCAAAGGACAGCUUUCCUCUACCAAGAAUCGACCAACUGGUCGAAGCGACCGCGGGGAACGAGCUUCUAUCGUUCAUGGACGCAUACUCCGGGUACAACCAGAUAAUGAUGCAUAAAAACGAUCAAGAAAAGACGGCUUUUAUCACCGAUCAAGGCACUUACUGCUACAAAGUUAUGCCGUUUGGCCUGAAGAAUGCUGGUGCGACCUACCAACGCCUUGUCAACCGGAUGUUUGCCGAGCAGCUCGGCCGAACAAUGGAAGUGUACAUCGAUGAUAUGCUGGUGAAAUCAACUCACGCUGCCGACCACGUUUCACAUCUCGCUAAGUGCUUUGAAGUUCUCAACCGAUAUAACAUGAAGCUGAAUCCAGCUAAGUGCUCGUUCGGCGUAACUUCUGGAGAGUUCCUAGGAUACCUCGUCACCAAGAGGGGUAUCGAAGCUAACCCGAAACAGAUUUCGGCGCUUACCAACCUACCAUCUCCAAGAAAUACUCGAGAAGUUCAACGACUUACUGGGCGAAUCGCCGCCCUCAAUCGAUUUAUCUCACGAUCUACCGACAAGUGUCUACCGUUUUACCAGCUGCUUCGCAGCAACAAAAAGUUUGAGUGGGAUGAUAAGUGUGAGUCUGCCUUCCAGGAGCUCAAAAACUAUCUCGCUACUCCUCCAGUCCUAGCUAAACCUGAUCAGGGGGAAACGCUUUACCUGUACAUCGCUGUCUCCAGCUCGGCGGUCAGUGGUGUACUCAUUAAAGAGGACAGGGGAGAUCAGCAUCCCAUUUUCUAUGUGAGCAAAAGUCUCGAUGGAGCUGAGCUCCGAUAUCCAACCUUGGAGAAGCUCGCCUACGCCGUAGUUAUCUCGGCUAGGAAGCUACGUCCAUACUUCCAAUCUCACACUGUUGAAGUAUUAACUAACCAGCCGUUGAGGACUAUCCUGCACAGUCCCGCGUUCGCAAUCAAGAACAUAAAGAGAAAUACUAACCUGGAAGUGUAUCCGAGCCCACGACCGAUACAGCUCGGAAUCAUAGAGAGAACCCACAGAGGAGAGCGGGUCGAAGGAGCCGCGAACCUUGCUAGCAAGCUCACCACAAGCAGUAGCGUUGUUGAUAAACAACUCAUCCUUUGUCUUGUAAGAUAG